AUGCGCUUCACUCAUUCGGCUGCAGUCGCAGCAUUCGCUCCCUUCGUAACCCAUCUAGUCGAUGCGGCUCCUUCGAAGAAGUCAGAUGCGAGGUUUGACAUUGCUACUCUAGGAGGUGCGGCAUUCCGAAUCGAGCAGGUUCCCAACCCAGACUUUUACUACGGAUCUCGACGUGGGCCUAUUGCACUGGCCAGAGCAUAUUCCAAGUUCGGACAUCCCAUCCCAGACGAUCUUGCUGGGCUCAUCGACCAGAUCUUGGGUGAACUUGGCUUGUUGAAAGGAUCCAAGGGUGGACACAAAGGAGGCAAGGGAAAGGGCAAAGGUGGAAACGGCAACAAUGGCGCGGGGGCCUCGAAGGGCAAUGGUACGACCACUACACCAGGAGCUGGUGGUGGAAACAAGGGGAACGGUACCGCCGGUAACGGUGAGGUCGCCGCAAUCCCGGCAGAGUUCGACAGCCAGUAUCUCUGCCCCGUCCAGAUCGGCACGCCGCCUCAGACCUUGAACCUCAACUUUGACACCGGAUCGUCCGACCUCUGGGUCUUCAGCAGUGAGACACCAAUCACCCAAGUCGUGGGGCAGACCAUAUACCAGAUCAACGCUAGUUCGAGCGCCAAGGCCGUCCAGGGCGCGACGUGGUCCAUCUCCUACGGCGAUGGAAGCUCGUCCAGCGGAAACGUCUACACGGAUGUUGUGACCAUUGGUGGCGUCACGGUAGAGAAUCAGGCCGUCGAGUCGGCCAACACGGUAUCGGCGUCCUUCUCCCGGAACCAAAACCAGUCAGGACUCGUCGGGUUGGCGUUCGGGAACAUCAACACCGUCAAGCCUACCAAGCAAAAGACGUUUUUCGAGAACGCCAUGACCAACCUCGCGACGCCUCUCUUCACUGCCAAUCUCAAGAGAGCAGCAGCCGGCAACUACAACUUCGGCUUCCUCGACACGACCGAGUUCACCGGCGACAUCGCCUUCGUCCCCGCCAACACGACCCAGGGCUUCUGGCAGUUCACCGCCCAGGGCUUCACCGUCGGCUCCAACGGCAGCGCCGCCGUCUCCGCCCCGCACCAGGCCAUCGCGGACACCGGCACGACGCUGAUGCUGCUCCCGGACGCCAUCGUCUCGGCGUACUACCAGAACAUCGCCAGCGCCAAGUUCGACAACACCAACGGCGGCUUCACGUUCAACUGCAAGGACCCGAUCCCGUCCUUCACGGUCGACAUGGGCAACUACAAGGCCGUGGUGCCCGGCGAGUUCAUCAAGUUCGCGCCCGUGGACGGGCAGACGAUCGAGACCUCGACGACGUGCUUUGGCGGGAUACAGAGCGCCGCGGCGCUGCCGUUUGCGAUUUACGGGGAUGUCUUCCUCAAGUCGCAGUUUGUGGUUUUCCAUGGCGGGAACAAGGAGCUCGGGUUCGCGAAUAAGCCCUUGUGA